CAAACUUGCUGCUCAAAACCUGCAACCACCAUUGCCGGAAGGAAGAAAGGCCCUACGACGAGCACAGAAAAGCAGAACACUCGUGUCUUCUAAAAAUAAACCGGGCUAAAUUACAGGGGCCUCCACCAACAUCGCCGAGCCCCGAAAACACAACACAAAGCCAUGCCUAUUUGGCGCCGGCUCCACCCAUGGCCAUGCCAUUUCCAAACCAAAACCAAGGAUUUUUUUGUAAGAGAAGUGCAAGCAAGAACGUAAUUACAUAGCGGUUGAAGGAAAGAUUUGAUCUUUGCAAGGAAGGAAGCGUGGUCAGAGGAGGAGUUUGUGCGGUGGAGUUACGUUGUUCGCAUGCGUGGAGGAUGCGGGUGCUGGAGGAGGAGCUGUACCCAUCGACGCCGGGGAAGGUGAAGGUGGAGCGGGCGGGGACGAUGAGCCGGCAGCUGCACCGGUGCUUCGCGUCGACGGGGACCAUGUUCCUGUGGGCGCUGUUCCUGGUGGCCAUGAUGGCGACGUACAUCAGCGUCCACUCCUUCGUGGACACGUCGUCGCGGUACUUCGCGGCGUCGUGGGGCGGGCUCCACUGGGAGCGGCAGAUCCGAGCGUCGGCGUCGCCGCGCCGGCCGCCGGGGUCGGCGGAGGGGGCGGGGCUGUCCGUGCUGGUGACCGGCGCCGCGGGGUUCGUGGGCACGCACUGCUCGCUGGCGCUGCGCAAGCGCGGGGACGGCGUCGUGGGGCUCGACAACUUCAACUCCUACUACGACCCGUCUCUCAAGAAGGCGCGCCGCGCGCUGCUGGGCUCCCACGGCGUGUUCGUCGUCGAGGGCGACAUCAACGACGGCCGCCUCCUGGCGAGGCUCUUCGACGUCGUGCCCUUCACCCACGUGCUCCACCUCGCCGCGCAGGCCGGCGUCCGCUACGCCAUGGAGAACCCGGCGUCGUACGUGCACUCCAACAUCGCCGGCCUCGUCUCCCUCCUCGAGGCCUGCAAGGACGCCGACCCGCAGCCGGCCAUCGUCUGGGCGUCCUCCUCCUCGGUGUACGGCCUCAACGACCGCGUCCCCUUCUCGGAGGCGCACCGCACCGACCGGCCGGCGUCGCUCUACGCCGCCACCAAGAAAGCCGGCGAGGAGAUCACCCACACGUACAACCACAUCUACGGCCUCUCCAUCACCGGCCUCCGCUUCUUCACCGUCUACGGGCCAUGGGGCCGCCCCGACAUGGCUUACUUCUCCUUCACCCGCAACAUCCUCCAGGGGAAGCCCAUCACGGUGUACCGCGGCAGAGACCACGUCGACCUCGCCCGCGACUUCACCUACAUCGACGACAUCGUGCGCGGGUGCCUGGCGUCGCUCGACACGGCCGGACGGAGCACCGGCACGGGCGGCAAGAAGCGUGGGCUGGCACCUUACAGGAUCUUCAACCUGGGGAACACGUCGCCGGUGACCGUGCCGAGGCUGGUGUCCAUCCUGGAGAGGUACCUGGGGACGAAGGCCAAGAAGAACGUGAUCGAGAUGCCCGGCAAUGGCGACGUGCCGUUUACGCACGCCAACAUCAGCCUGGCGCGGGAGCAGCUCGGGUACAAGCCGACCACGAGCCUCCAGAUGGGGUUGAAGAAGUUUGUGAGGUGGUACCUCUCCUACUACGGCUACAACCGGGGAACACACAGCUUCAAGAACUUGUGAUUAGUGUCUGAU